CCGAAGAGUGAAGACAGUAUAGAGACCUCAUAAAGCUGCUCCUUCAUCAUUAAGACAACAAAAUGACGCUCCGUGUGGUCACUUGUCUCCUCCUGUGGACACUAGCUCAUACAAAAGGUCAGAGGUCGUCGUCGAACAUGCACCAUCUGCAGGUUCAAGCGGGGCAAAACGUGACUUUGGAGUGUUUAAACACGGGGGUUGAUGUCGGAAUGUUCUAUUGGUACAAGCAAACGCCUGGGAAGAAACCAACACUGCUGUCCAGCUCCUACAUCCAAGACUAUGGGAACAAACUUCAUGGCCAACCGGAGGAGCAAUCCCGCCUUAGCCUGACAGUUCUCUCCGACAGGAGCUGCUUGAACAUCUCACAGGUGCAAAUGUCAGACUCUGGGACCUACUUCUGCCUAUUUAAUUAUUUGUCCAUCUGUCAAUUCCAUGAGAGUAUUUUAGUGGAGGUGAGAGCCUCCGCUUGGGACAUCCCAGCAUCCGUAAAGCAGCCAGCAUCUAAGAGCAUCCUCCAUGGAGGUAAUUUGACUCUGAGCUGCACCGUCCAAACCGGGUCCUCCUGUGACGAGAAACACCAUGUUUACUGGCUCCGGAACGAGCCCGGAUCCGGCCCAGGGAUCAUUCACGCUUCAGAAGGGAGGAGGUCCAACGGCACCUGCUUUUACGAGGUACCGAUGAGCGGACUGAACGACGCAGACGUGGGGACGUACUACUGUGCCGUGGCCAUGUGUGGACACAUCCUGUUUGGGAAGGGCACCACCGUGACCUUUGAACGUGACACGUUGCUGUUGUACAUCUUAAGUGGAGCUUUGGCCUUCUCCGUCUUGGUGAUUGUCAUCUUGGCCUGUAACAUAAAGAAGAAGACACAGGAUCAGGCAGACCCACGACAACCAUCACAUACUGCCUCGGCUCCGGAGGAGGGUGAUGAAGACACAAAUCUCCAAUACACUGAUUUGAAAGCUGAGGAGGUAAGAAGGAUAACCAGACAGAGGAACGACGUCCACGCUGAGUGUGUGUACUCCGAUAUCAUGCAGUAGGCUUGUUGCUUUGUGUAACAUUAAUGUCAAAUAAGAUUAUGUGAGCCAGCAAAUGGCACGGAGAACAUGUUCCACGUACCUGGACACAGUGGACAGUGAGUACAUAAACAUGGAAAGCGAGCUAAAGAAAACUCUCCCAACUCUGCCUUUGCUCAUCAUUCAGCAGUGAAGGUACACACUCUGUCAAUUCUCUUAUAUACUGUUGCUCUUUCAUUCUAGACUUCUAGAGUGUUUGAUUAUCACAUCACUCUAAAUGUAUAGACUAUAAAGUUCACAAACAGAAAGAGGGAUCCUCGUGGGCCAGGCCAAACUUUUCUUAUGUCUAAACUAAAACUGGGGAAAUGCGUAGAGUGUUUGGGGCUUCAGUACAGUGUUGAUUUCCUGAAGACAUGAUUUUAUUUCACAAUUCCUUGAGAGAAAAAAAUGCCUGGUUAGGCUUUGUGUAUGUCAUGUGUGCCUUCCUUGGGUGAAGCCAGCUUUACAGCUAUGUUGUUAUUAUGCUGUUUGUUACUUAUGUAUGUUAUGUUGCAGAUAUUUAGAAUAGUUUUGUCAAUUUGUUCUGGCCUGUAAUAAAUUGGCCCUUUGAA